AUGAAGGCAUUUGCAAUGCACGACUGUCCCAAUUAUGAUGCGUUGUCGUACUGCUGGGGGACAGCCCCUCGAUCUCUCACUAUACUGUGCAAUGGCCGAGAGUUGCCCGUCACGGUGACUGUUGCUAGUGCCAUACUCAGACUACAGCUUCGAGGUUACAAAUAUCCAUGGCUUGAUGCCAUCUGCAUCAACCAGGAUGAUCUUCCCGAGCGCGAAAGCCAAGUGCAGGUUAUGCAGAGUAUCUAUGGACGGGCCACCAGAGUUUGGAUCUGGAUCGGGGGUGAUGAGGCUACCGAUGCCUACGGCUUUGCAAGCAGAAUCGCAUUCCCGACCCUGGAGCUGUAUGCCAAAGAUCCGAGUGCAGCUGCUGUAGCUCGGCAAGGCAGGCCAGUGCCCCAGUAUAGGGAGUGGACGACAACAAGCACGGACAAGAGUGGCGUGACAUCUACACACCAUCACAACGACACGCGAGAAAUUGGGUUUGUCAAAACGGACAAUGUCGUACAAAGGCAGCAGAACAAGUUUACAGCCGCGCUCGAACAUAUUCUCCAGCAGCCAUGUUUUGACAGGGUGUGGUGUGUCCAAGAAGCAAUCAUGGGCCGGCGUGCCAUAGUACUGUCUGGACCGCACGAAAUCGAGUGGGACCGUUUCUGUCGUGGACUGCAGGUUGCAGUCCAAUCAGAUGAAUCUUGUCAGCAGACUUGGGGUGCUCUACGUCGCGACAGCCUCAUAGCUCGAAGAGCCCUCAACAUGGCCGUCUACCAACGACCCAAGUCAGAAGGCGAUCCAGCAUCGUUCUUGUUGGAUCUGCUUUUCAAGUACCGAGCUCGAAAAGCUACAGACCCGCGGGACAAGGUCUACACCCUGCUAGGUAUCGUCGCUCACUUCUUCUCGGAGUCGGGUAUAGCAGUCUCAUACACGAAGGAGGCACGGGAUGUGUACAGGGACACCAGUGUGUACAUCUCAUCUAAGACUUGCACCCUGCAUAUGCUUUCCGCUUGUGGACAAAGAGUGCCACUCAAUAGCACGCUCUCGUGGGUUCCAGACUGGAGUUUUAACGAUGCUCUCCCGAAGCCUUUCUGA